AUGCCUCCCCCCUCCCCUUUCUCCCUUCUACUCCAAACUUCACUCUCCCCGUUAUCCCACACUCAAGUUUCCUCCUGCCUCCCACAAUGUCCUCCGCUGUCACUCCCUCGGACUCCGCUUGUCACCCCUCCAACACCUGUCGGUCCAGGUACUCCUCCGGCCGCACUUGGACAGGUCUCCCACCGCCCCUUCCGCCUCUGGCUUGCUCCAAACCCCGCUUCCGCCCCUUGGUGCCCCCUGCUCCUUGUAGCCCCUCCGCAGUAUACACUGAAACCCCAUUCCGCAGUUGGCCGUGAACUCCAAAGUCCGCCAGUGCCCGGAUUCCCCGCAGCAAGCUUUUCGGAACCUUGCGCAUUCGGCCUACUUUUCCACGCUUUCCUGCGCCUCGGAAAGCUAGACUUUCUACCAAUGCACCACCGCUUUCCUCAGCUUGCGUGUGUAGUGUCAGCUCCGCAAGCUUUCCGCAUCAGCCGUGAGCAUUCCGCAUGCACCCAAACAAACUGGCCAAAGCUUUGGUCAAGGCGCACUCUCACCACCACAACGACUCUCAAAUAUUGGAGUUCCAACUCCCAAAUAUUUGGGACGUGGCUAAGACCCCCUGCGGACGGGAGGUUGCAAGUCAGUGCCAAACUCUCAGCGGCGGAGAGGAAUCCCUCUCCGCCGUUGAGUGUGUAUACUCUCACCGGCCAAGAGGGAUUCCUCCCGGCUGCUGGUACACCCUCAUUGACCAAGAGGGAUUCCUCUUGGCCUGUGAAAGAGUACAAUCUCAUGUACACUCUCACCGACUGGGAGGAAUCCCUCUUGGCCGCUGAGAGCUAUACACUCUCAGCAGCCAGGAGGAUUCCCUCUCGGCAGCUGAGAGUAUACACUCUCAACGGUGGAGAGGGAUUCCUCCCGGCCGGUGAGAGUGUACACUCUCAUCGACCAAGAGGGAUUCCUCUUGGCACUCUCACCGUCUGGGAGGAAUCCCUCUUGGCCGCUGAGAGCUAUACACUCUCAACAGCGGAGAGGUAUUCCUCCCGGCCGGUGAGAGUAUACACUCUCAAUGGCAGAGAGGGAUUCCUCUCCGCCGCUGAGAGUCCGGCGCCGACUCCCAACCUCCCUGGGUGUUUUUGA